GCGGCGCUCGCGCACGCGCGCAGCGGGGGCGGGCGGGGCCCGGGCGCGCCCUCGCGGGGCCGUGACGUCACGUCCUGUUGUGCUGCGCGCCCCCGGGAAGGCGGCGGUUUAUUCUAUAUGGCACGGUUGGUUACCCACUGAGAGCUCAUCAAUGGACUUGGAAGCUAAAGAUGAAGAGGAAGAGAGUCUACAAACAGCAUUCAAAAAGCUGAGAGUGGAUGCAGCAGGAUGCAUUGCAGCUCUGGCCGUGGGCGACGGGACCAUCCUCAGAACAACAACAAGAGCAGCUGUGGAUGGAGCCAAGCAGCAGACUGUCUGUUCCAAGGAAGCGUGGCAUGGGUGUGUGAGGAAGCCUUCCCGAGGGUCGGCGAGGGUCCCGCGCCGCCGGCGCUCCAAGUCUCCGGUCCUGCAUCCUCCCAAAUUCACAUAUUGCAACAUGAAAGCCAACAGCCAGCUGAAACACAAAUCCCAGGCAGACACAUCGAAGGGCAUCGUCAGCUCAGACGUUUUCGUCCCGGCAGAACACGGUACGAAGGACGGGCAGGAUCCUCCCCUCGAGGCCAGCGAGGGCAGAACUGAACCGCGGGAAGCGUUCACCGCCGAGCAGCCUUUGGAGAAGUCGAGAGAGCAUUGCCCUGCUCCCCCCUCCUCCUUUGAAACCAGCUUGCAUUCGAGCCAAACCUCAGAUUUCCAGUCCUUAUCCAUGCUUGGCAACGGCAAGCAGUGCCCUUGUAUGGACAAGAAGUGCCAGUGCAAGCAGUGGAGAACCAUGGAGGUGUAUUCCUUCUCCGGCCUCCGGAGCGUCCUGUCGGAGUGCGAGAAGGCAGUCCUGGGAGUCCAUGCCCACUCUCUCCAAAGCAGGUCCCCUUGUGGGACAGCCUCGUCAAGCUCUCCCAGGUCUUGUUCCGAGCAAGCUCGAGCCUUUGUGGAUGACGUGACUAUUGAAGAUCUUUCGGGAUACAUGGAAUACUACUUAUAUAUUCCCAAGAAGAUGUCUCACAUGGCAGAGAUGAUGUACACUUGACUGUAAGCAAUAGAGAAGCCUGAAGCAGAGUUUGUUACAAUGGUUGGGUUAAUUGCCUUGUCAGUGCCAUGUUUUCACUGUUGUGUGUUUGAUUAAAUGUUUCUUUGCCUCACACAGUUUAGUUUUCUAAUAAAAUGAAAAAUUAAAUAUAGUUUCCGAGCUUAGUUCUAAAAAGAAUGCACUAAAGUCUCUGAAUACCUUAAGAAAAGCACUCUAGAUCAGAGGAGCUCUGUUUGAUUUUUGGUUUUUGCUGUGGAUAUUGAAGCUCUGUAUGCUUUUUCACUAUGUUUUGGAAAAAGAAAACCAAACCAAAACAAAAAAACUUUAGGGUUUUUUUUCUGAAAUUUUGCAGUGUUUGGAAGGCUCAUUCUUAAUGUGUCCCAGUACUUAGAGAAAAGUUUCACAGCUGCAGCUCUAUGCUCCUCAUCCUGCUCUAGGGAGAACGAGAGGGCAUUCAGCAUUUUGGAUAGGAUGAAUCUCCUUUCCUUGAACACUAGCUGGCUCCUUUUUAGUUGGAUCAAAUUGUGAAUGCUGCUUCCUCACAAAUUUUUUGGGAGGUCCAGAACCUGUAGGUGUGUGCUUGGACCCUUCCAUAAUCUAACUUGCUCACUCUUAAGCAGUUCUAUUUUUCUGCAGAUAAGUGAAGCUCUUAGAAGUAAAAAUAUAUUUUGUUAUUUGUGCUUUACAGAUGGAAUAAUUUAGGGGGGAGUAAAGCAGGCUGACAGAUUUUUGGGCUGUGCUGUCUCAGAAGUGGAGAUGAUGGAGCCAUCAGAUUGUUUCUGAGCACAUCUGAUACACAAAGCAGUGUGGAAAUAGGGUGAACAAGAAGUGUGUAUCAUCCUGGCUUUGUGCUGUAGAGCUGUGACAUUGCUGCUGGUUGAAAAUACUGCAAUAAAAAACUUUGUUGCUAAGACUUGCAUUAAUAAAUGUUUGUCAAAACCCAGCAAACUAAAGACUGAAUAAUUUGACUUACACUCAUCUCCCCUCAAGACCUUUUUUUCUAAAAAAAACCACAACAAAACUGCUUUCAGUGUCAGCUGUACAUGCUCAACAACCAUGUCUGAGUAAAGUACUGUGAUGUUUACUUACAUGCUAAAAAAUGAGUGGUCAGCAAGCCAAGGAGUCACAAGCAGUUGUGUAAAAAUAGAUGAUAGCAGAUGUGGACACUUGGCCUUGUAUUCAGUGCUGGAGAAGGCUCAGGCAUUGUAGAUGAUAAUCACUGUAGAUUUUCUUCUAACCAUCCCUAAAAUUUACACUGCACAUCCAGGAAGUUCGGAUUUAAACUUCAAAUAAAUCAAAAAACAAGAAUACAACUAAAACUGUUACUUUGCUCUUCGGUUUCAUGCAGUUGUUUCGCUUGCAAUAUUUGCUCUUACUCAAAUUAAAUUUAACUGAUUUCUCCA